UGCACACAGAGGAAAAAGAAUGAGAGAGAGAGAGAGCUUUUAAGGGAUUUGGCAGUGAUCUGUAGAGUCUCACUGCUAUAAUGUCAUGUUUUUUUCUUCACUUUCCCUGACUCUGCCACUUCACUUGACCCUAAAGCCUCAAAAGUCAGUCAAACCACAACUGUUUCCUUUUAGACAAUUGUUUUUGGUGUGUUGUGGUUAUUUAUUGAGAGGCUGUUUGAGAUGAUAGAGGAUUUACUCGUGGCGAUGGACGACGGCCUGUGGAGAGGAGCUCAUGUGAUGGACAAAUUCAAGACUCGUCGAUGAAGAAUGGUGUCAAGGGUAGAGGGAGUGGCCCGGUGCUGUCAGUACCUCUGCUGCUCAUCAUGACAUCAGAGGCGUGCUUGUCCCAUCAGUGCUCUUGGGUCAUUUCACUGUCUGGAUCCAGGACCUGGUCUGGGCUGCUGUGGGUGCUGCUCGUGGGUAUCAGCCCAAGAUCAUGGGCGCAACAAGGCACCCAGCCCCAGUCCAUCAAAAUCGAGGGUGACGUCACUCUGGGCGGGCUUUUCCCGGUGCACUCUCGAGGGCCUGCCGGGGUUCCCUGCGGUGAAGUUAAAAGAGAGAAGGGGAUCCACCGCCUGGAGGCCAUGCUGUACGCACUGGACCAGAUCAACAGUGACCCAGACCUGCUGCCUAACAUCACUCUGGGGGCCCGAAUCCUGGACACCUGCUCCAGAGAUACAUAUGCCCUAGAGCAGUCCCUCACAUUUGUCCAAGCCCUCAUCCAGAAAGACACCUCUGACGUCCGCUGCUCAAACGGAGAACCUCCCAUCAUCCCCAAACCGGAGAGGGUGCUCGGAGUGAUCGGGGCGUCUGGCAGCUCAGUGUCCAUCAUGGUGGCCAAUGUGCUCCGACUGUUUGCAAUCCCCCAGAUCAGCUAUGCCUCCACUGCUCCAGAGCUGAGUGAUAAUAGUCGCUACGAAUUCUUCUCCCGUGUGGUGCCUCCUGAUUCCUACCAAGCCCAAGCCAUGGUUGACAUCGUCAAAGCCAUGGGCUGGAACUAUGUGUCCACGCUGGCCUCCGAGGGCAAUUAUGGAGAGAGCGGCGUCGACGCCUUCCUCCAGAUAUCCAGAGAAGCAGGAGGGUUAUGUAUCGCACAGUCCAUAAAGAUUCCCAGAGAGCCCAGACCAGGCGAGUUUGAAAAGAUCAUCAAGAGACUCAUGGAAACGUCCAACGCUCGCGGCGUCAUAAUCUUUGCCAAUGAGGAUGACAUCAAGCGAGUAUUGCAGGCUGCCAAAAGUGCCAACCUGACAGGACACUUCCUGUUUGUGGGCUCAGACAGUUGGGGGGCCAAAAACUCCCCGAUUCAAGAUCAGGAGGAGGUGGCUGAGGGCGCUGUCACCAUCCUUCCAAAAAGAGCCUCUAUUGAUGGGUUUGACCAGUACUUCACGUCGAGAUCUCUAGAAAACAACAGGAGAAACAUCUGGUUUGCAGAGUUCUGGGAGGAUGACUUCAAGUGCAAACUGACCCGUCCUGGUAUAAAGUAUGAGUCUGACAGAAGAAAAUGUACAGGCAAAGAGAGAAUCAGUCGAGACUCGCAGUAUGAACAGGAGGGCAAGGUGCAGUUUGUGAUCGAUGCUGUGUAUGCCAUGGCCCACGCCGUACACAACAUGCACCUGGACCUCUGCCCCGGCUCCAUGGGGGUGUGUGAGAAGAUGGACCCUGUAGAAGGUCGGAUGCUCUUGCAAUACAUUCGUGCAGUCAACUUCAAUGGCAGUGCAGGGACUGGAGUAAUGUUCAAUGAGAACGGAGAUGCUCCGGGACGAUAUGACAUCUUUCAGUACCAACUGUCCAAUGUCAGCAAUCCAGGCUACAAGAUUAUUGGUCAAUGGACAAACCACCUCCGACUCAAUCCAGAGGAGAUGCAGUGGUCAGGUGGUGACCAGAAGAUCCCAGAGUCGGUUUGCAGUUUUCCCUGCGAGUCUGGUGAGAGGAAGAAGAUGGUGAAGGGUGUUCCCUGCUGCUGGCACUGUGAGCUCUGCGAUGGCUAUCAGUAUCUCCUGGAUGAGUUCUCCUGUGACAUGUGUCCCUUUAACAUGAGGCCCAUGAAGAACCGCACAGGCUGCCGGCCCACACCCAUCAUCAAACUGGAGUGGAGCUCUCCCUGGGCCAUCAUUCCGGUCUUCCUGGCCAUCCUGGGCAUCCUGGCCACUACCGGAGUCAUCGCCACCUUCAUCCGCUUCAAUGACACACCCAUAGUUCGGGCCUCUGGCAGAGAGCUUAGCUAUGUGUUGCUAACGGGCAUCUUCCUCAUCUACCUCAUCACCUUCCUCAUGAUAGCUGAGCCCAGUGUGGCCGUGUGUGCCUUCCGCCGGCUGCUGUUGGGGCUGGGCAUGUGCAUCAGCUACUCUGCCAUGCUUACCAAGACCAACCGGAUCUACCGCAUCUUUGAACAGGGGAAGAAGUCGGUCACGCCCCCAAAAUUCAUCAGCCCUACCUCUCAGCUUAUUAUCACCUUUAUACUCAUCUCUGUACAGUUACUUGGGGUGUUUAUCUGGUUUGGUGUAAUGCCCCCCCACACCAUCAUCGACUACGAGGAGCAGAAACCUCCAAACCCAGAGUUUGCCCGUGGAGUCCUCAAGUGUGACAUGUCUGAUCUGUCCCUCAUCUUAUGUCUGAGCUACAGUAUUGUUCUGAUGAUUACUUGCACGGUGUAUGCCAUCAAGAGUAGAGGAGUUCCUGAGACCUUCAAUGAGGCUAAGCCCAUUGGCUUCACCAUGUACACAACCUGCAUCGUCUGGCUGGCUUUUGUACCCAUCUUUUUUGGCACGGCCCAGUCGACUGAGAAGAUGUUCAUUCAGACCACCACCCUGACGGUGUCCAUGAGCCUGAGUGCCACUGUGUCCCUGGGCAUGCUCUACAUUCCCAAAGUGUAUGUCAUCAUCUUUCACCCGGAGCAGAACGUCCAGAAGAGGAAGCGCAGCUUCAAAGCUGUGGCGCAGGCAGCUACCGCGUCCACACAUCUGUCCCAAAAGUCCAACGACAAACAAAACGGAGAGUCCAAGAUUGUGCCGGACAGAUCGCAGUAAAUCCUGCACAAAGCAAGACCCUGUAUUUCAUCAUGAAAAAAAGAGAGCAUUUAUUCCUGUUGGCAGGAUUUGCAGUAUUUUUUCCUUCUCCUUAACUAUGGAUUGAAACACCAGCAGAAAACUUCAGAUUUCUCAGUGCUAACACAUGAAAUGAAGCACAAACAGAACAGAUUCUCACCUUUAAGAUGUUUUUAGUUGCUUACACAGAGACUGAAAGGGUGUUACAUUUUUCUUAUCUUGUAUUCACUUAUACCCAUCAGAUUUUUCUUUUAACUCUCCUUGGGAAACCCUGGACAGGGGGAAAAAACAAAGAAAGUUGAACCUAAACGUGACCUUUGCCCUACAGAAGAUGUAUAUGUAUGUGGAGUCCCUCUAGGUCAAUGAAAGGUUGCUUACCAUUGAAAGGCACUGCAUGGAUUAUAUGUUUUGUCUUUACAUAAAUGUUUUGAACGAU